AACAACAAGGGAGCGGGAGGAGGGCACUUCAGUUGAGGGCAAGGACGGCUUCACCAGCGGCCUCUGGGCUUGCGCGAGUCUCCGCGCGCAUGCUCCCUUAGAACGGAGCUGCAAAUUCUGAAGGAUAACAGAUUCUAAAACGUCAGACAGACAUACAGACAGACACCGGCACGACCAUUAUGAUCUCUGCUGGCGGCGCUCGCCCGGCGCUCAGAUCGCACUCUUCAAUCAUGUCGCCUAAACAAAGGAAACCGGGGCACUGAAGAGCCAUGGGCGAGCGCACCCCCCCGGCUGGCCGGCGGUCCAGGCUCAUCUCCUCGCUGGUGCUGGGGCAGCGUGACCGGGAGGUCACCUUAGAUCAGGAACGGGGGAUUUUGGCAUGGCGGGACCCACAGCCACCACCGCACAGGGGACAAGAGAGUUGUGCUGUGCCCACUUCAGAGAUUAUUGCUGUUGAGGAAACGGAAAUUGAUAAGAAACAAUCUAAUAGUGGGAAAUGGCAAAAAAUGGCAAAGCCACAUGCAUUCACAGUGUACUAUGUGAAGAGGACGCAUCAUCACCGCUGGCGGUGUGACGACGUGACAUUUGGGUGCAUUAAUGAGCAACUUUGUAAUCAGUGGAUACAUGCGCUAAAAGAAUUACUUGAUUUACAGACCUCUAGACCAAAGCACUUGCUUGUAUAUGUUAAUCCAUAUGGUGGAAAAAAACAAGGAGAGAAGAUCUAUGAACAAAAAGUAGCUCCGUUGUUUAGUCUGGCCUCCAUCUCAACUGAUGUUAUAGUCACUGAACAUGCUAAUCAUGCUAGGCAUAACUUACUUGAAGUUAAUCUAGAGAAAUAUGAUGGUAUUGUUUGUGUUGGUGGGGACGGAAUGUUCAGUGAAGUGAUGCAUGGUUUGAUUGGAAGAACACAGGAGGAUUCUGGAAUAGAUCAAAAUAAUCCUAAAGCACCAUUAGUCCAAUGCAAUAUAAGGAUUGGCAUAAUCCCUGCUGGUUCAACAGACUGCACAUGCUUUUCAACAGUUGGCAUCAAUGAUCCUGUAACAUCAGCAUUACAUAUCAUUGUGGGAGACACUCAACCUCUGGAUGUCUCUUCCGUACAUCGCAAUGAUACAUUUCUGAAAUACUUUGUCUCGCUAUUGGGGUAUGGUUUUUAUGGAGAUUUAUUAAAGGACAGCGAAGGGAAGCGCUGGAUGGGGCCUGCCAGAUAUGACCUCUCAGGGUUCAAGGCCUUUCUCUCCCAUCAUUACUAUGAGGGAACAAUAUCCAUUCUACCAGCAUCACACACUGUGGGAUCUCCAAGAGAUAAGAAGCACUGCAAAACUGGGUGCUCCAUUUGCAAGCAAAGUAAACAACAGCUGGAGAAAAAGCAGCAGAACCAUGGAAAAGAGAUUAAAGAGGAUGAAGAAGGAGAAUGGAAGGUUAUUAAAGGAAAGUUUUUGGCCAUCAGUGCAGCAAAUAUAAGUUGUGCCUGUCGACGAAGUCUGAAAGGCCUUUCACCAGCUGCUCACUUGGCAGAUGGCUCUGCAGACCUCAUUCUAGUUCGCAAAUGCUCCCGAAUCAAUUUCCUAAGGUACCUCAUCAGGCAUAAGAAUCAGGACGAUCAGUUUGACUUUGCUUUUGUGGAGGUUUAUCGGAUCAAGAAGUUUCAGUUUACAUCGAAGAAUUUAGAAUAUGGUGAUAGCGAUGUCAAGGAUAUGGAGAAAAAUCAUUUCAGCCAUGUCCGCAGAGAUCACCCUGCUUGCUGUUGCAUCCCUCCCAGAAGCACCUGGAACUGUGAUGGAGAAACAUUGGAUAGUUCAACAAUUGAAGUCAAGGUUCACUGUCAACUAAUGAAACUCUUUGCAAGAGGAAUAGAGAAGGAAUCCACACAGGAAGCAAUUCACAAGCAACUUUGCUGAGUAGUUAACUGAAGUCAACUCUCUGUGAAAACGAAGCAACAGAAGGCAGCUGCCCAGAUGAAUAAGCGUUUCAGGCAUGUCAAUAAAUGUUUUAAAGUGGACUAUGAUUUUGUGGUUAAAUUUUUAAUUUUGGUAAUAUAUAUUUUGGUCUGAACGCCUUCAAAGAUUUUUGACUUUAUGCAAAUCAGGCUUAUUUUUGAACAAACUGACUAUAUGAUAUAGAGGGGUGGAAUUGGGUUACAUUUUCAUGAUUUUUUUUACUCUUUUAUUUUAUUUUCUGUGGCUCUACUGCAGUAACAAGUAGGCGAGCAGUCCUGUGGCAUUAAAUCAGCUUUUCAAAUAAACCCAUAAAAGUUACUAGCUCCCCCCCCCCCAAAAAAAAAUACUAGCCUGCUAAGAGGCUGGUGUCCUGUGUUUCCACAUCGGCCACAAAGAAAGGGGAUACCCACCCUUCUAUAGCAAACAUGAAAACACAGGCUCUUAGCAGGCUAAAAACAACUAUUAUAAGCCUUCUCCUAAGUGAAAGAUGGAAUGAUCCAUUCCCUCUCUGCCAGCCCUCGUCAUUUCCAAGCUGGUUAUGUAUGAAGCAAUUUUUCUUCACCUGUGGCGAGUACAGAAAUCAAGUGGCUUGGCCGAGGAGAGACGGGGAUUCCCAUCAACAGCAGCAGGGCUUUCUGGGGGAACAGCUGAACCUUCCUGGACCUCAUUGCUGCACCCGCUCCAGACUGGCAUCAUGAUCUACCUGCCUCUGCCCUAACCACCACGUGCGGCAGGGCAAUGGUUGUGGUGGUGACCCUGCGGUUCCAUAAAGCCCUGCCGGGCUGGGUGAGGAGAAAAGAUUAUUCCCUAAAUUGUUAAAUACAAUGCUGCAUUAAGUUCAGUGGGAAUUUUACCAUUGACUUAAGUGGGAUACAGUUUUACACCCUUGAUAUCAUUGUGCAAAUCAUGUCCGUCUUAAGAUCUGAUCUAAAUGUGUGUGUGUGUGUGAGAGAGAGAGUGUUUUAAAGGAGCAACUGAAUUAUAAUCACUUUGUAGCUGCGUGUGACUCCAAAGUAGCAAAGGUCUCUUGCCAUCAUUUCCUCCUCUUUCUCUCCUGAAAUUAUAGCAAAAAUCUUUCAUUACUUGAAUGGGACGGCAUUUUGCAACUUAUCAAUGCAAUUCAAACACACAUUCCUGGCUUUAAAGUAGUAAGAAGUCAUAUAUGUACACUCUAGAGCAGAUUUGCAUAUGACAACAUACUGUAAUUCCCUGGCGUUUUUCUUGAAGGAAGUAUGUAAGAAGGGUUAUCUGAAAAGGUGUGGGCAGGUCCAGAACAAGCACAAACAGAUGAUGGUACUGCAGUGGCUCAGAGAGGCAAGGAAGAGACAGGGUUAAAGUAUCUGAUAGGAGACACCAAUAGAUCUUAGAUUUUUAAAUGUGUUUUAAGUGAAAACAAAAUGGCUUGGAUCCUAACUUUCUUUCCAUGACCGUAACAGAGUUCAUGCUCCUGGGAUAGGAUUUUCCUUCCUCUGCAGAUUCCUGCACCCCAUACCCCAAAUCUGCCCCUGGAGGCUGAGUUACUCUUGGGAAUAGUGGCAGACUUGGUGCAGGGGACUGCGGGGGUAGGGGCGAGCUGACACAAAUGUUCCCCCCUCCUCCCCUUACAUGGUCAGAGGAACAAUGUGGGGCCCUAGCCAACAACUCCUUCCCCAAUCAAAGCUAGCUUGUACAAUCAGCAGCAUCAAGUGAACGAAACAUUCUGUGGUGCUUUUUAGAAGAUAACGGAAAAGGCAGCUCUUUUUCUUUAGCUUUAGUAUGCUGCUGCCCCUAAACUGAAUUUGCUGUUUGCUUUUUAUCCAUUUGAUUUUUGGACUGGUUUUAGAUUUUAUGUUAGCCUCUUUGGAAUCCUAAUAAAUGACUGUCCCAUAUAUUAAAAAAUAUAUAAUUCUUUUUCCUGAACAGUACUAUUUCAGGUUGCAGGUGGCCAAUUGCCUGUUUGAAUAUUCCCCCACAACUACCCGUUACAUCCAACACAUCAGGGAGAAGGCUAAGCUGAAUCCUUCUCCCUGAUAAGUUAGGUUUCUACAUGCAGGAGCUUGUUUCUUAUAGGGAAUCAUUCAAACAUUUCACCCCUCCACCUGCAGACACAAGGAAUCCCAUCCAGGAAAGGUGUCACUGUUUGAUUCUGCUGAUUAUUUAAAUUGGCCCCAAGACAAUGCCAUCGGCUUCUAGAUGGUUCUGUAGCAAUCUCUUCAUAAAGGAGAGUUUUAGAAUGUUUAGACUGAGUCAGACAGCAAUAUAAGUGGCUGAUAUAGUUUAGCUGUUUAGUACCUACUGAAAUGAUGAUGAAAAUAAUUUUGAUAAUGUGGCAUUGUGUGAUGAAGCUGGCAUUUAAUAAAGCCUUUACAGAGAAUUAUACAGAGGGGAGAGGAGAGUCUGUGGUGGAGGAACCACUACUUCCUUAGCUCUACUGACCUCAUGCCAGAAGUAGGGUGUGUUUUACCUUUUAUUUUCCUCUUGUUGCUUUUCCUUUUUUCUAUUUUCCUUCUUAUUGGUUCCAAUGGGAAGGGAAAUAACUACAGCAGCUACAGGGUUGAUGCAAUUCCCCCCUUUCCAGGAGAAUGAGAGGACUUUGGAACAAGUGCAUCCAAAGCCUCCUCUGAUCUGCCCCUGACACCGUUCCUGGAACAUCCUGUUUUUGGUCCCCAGCACCCUGAGAAAACUGAAGACAGAUCAGCAACAGCAAUGGCUACUAGCAAUGAUGGCUAUGUUCUACCUCCACUGUUAGAAGCCUCUAAAUGCCAGUUGCUGGGAAUGGGGAGAGUGAUGUUGUGGUCAGGUCCUGCUUUUAGGUUGGCCGCUGUGUGAACAGGAUGCUAGACUAGGAGGGCCAUUGGCCUGAUCCAGCAGGCUGUUCUUAUGGUGGAGCUUUAUAUAGCCACAGCACACAAGGAAGGCUUCUGACUUCCGGCCUUUCCUCUGUCUAUGGACCUUUCCCUCUCCAACUGCAGAGAUGGAGAUCUACAACAUUCUGUGGCCUCUCAGCCACUCUCCAAGGGAGCAUAAGAUUGCUCCCUUUAUUCCAAGUGUAGCCAUUUUGGUGCCCUCCAGCUGUUGUUGGACUACAGUUCCAUCAGCCCCAGCCUAUCUAGCCAAUAGUCAGGGAUGAUGGGGGAUGGAACCAUGUUGGCUUCCUCUGUUUUACUCUAUUUGCAUGUGAUCUGUUAACAGCAAAAGAAAAUAGACUCCCUAGUCAAGGCUUGAAAUGAUAAUGGAAACAUAUAUAUGUAUAGUUUCACACCCUUUGUGGGAUGGUUUGUAUAGGGUUGGGCCAAACUCUGUUUUGUCAUUCUAGCUUUUCGCUUGCACAGUUGAGAAAUGAAUUUAGUAUCAUUCUUUGUUUUUCUUUGGAGUGUACAGUUUUCUCGCAAAUGUUCCAUUUCAUUCUUUCUGGACAGCUAAGGCUGCGACCUUAAGUGCACUUACUAGGAAACAAGUCCUGUUGAACUCAGUGAGGCUUAACUGCUGAACAAAGCAUAAGAUUGCACUGCAAGAGUCGGUUUGCUUGUAUUUCCAUAAACAUCUGUUCCAUCCGGUCUGUAUGCAUAUGAAAGCUUGGAAACAAUUUGUUGGAGAACUUCUGUGAAGACCUAAUCUACAAUGCUGUGCAAGUUGUUUCAGUCAUUUGGGGGAGACCAGUCAGUAGGCACCGCUCCCAUUCAUUUCAGCAAAGAUGCUUUGUAAUGGACUCUGCCCACUGGCUGCUCUCUUGAAAUUGCUUGGCAAUUUGUCUAACUGAGCGAAGAAUUAGUCAUUGGCAUCAAAGAGUCUGUAUAACUACUGAAACAGUGUUUCAUUGCUAAAGUAUUAUUUAUGUUACUAGUAUCUAAUUAACACAUAUUGGCGCCAAUCCAGAACUCCUAUGUGGCUUUCCAUGUACUUCAGUAGAAACAGCAGCUCCAUAGGACUUUUGCAUGGACAUAGUUGCCUCCAUUGAAAUGAAUUGCAUGUGUUUUUAUGAAGACCAUGUGCAUGGAACACUAGAUUGCAGCCUUCGAAAGGUUUUUUUCCCCAUUUGCAGUCCUAUUAAAGUAACAUUUUUCUGUUACUUUAUUACAUAUUGUUGCCUCGAGCUUUUCAAGACACUUCCAAAUGUUAACACUAGUUUGUACUCUUCAGCAGUCCACUUCUUCUAUUGCAAAACAAUUGCUGUCUCAACUCAAAAAAUGUGAUCCUUGUCUCAGUAUAUAUUUUAGAUUGAUUGGUACUGAGCCCCAAAAAUGGAGGGAAAUCUGAAAAGAGGACAAUUCUCAUUUCCACAAAAGGGUGAUUUGUAAAAGAAUUAGUACUGAUUUAGAGUUGUGAGCUGUCCCAGGAGUGGGAAUAAAAUGGACUCCUUUGCACAGAUGUCAGCUUAGAGGAAAAUUAUGCAAACUUCAAUUUGCCCCUCACUGAACAGUGAAGCUGAGCUUCAGUAAAAUAACAAAAUACCAACUUCAAAAACAACCAGCCAGUUAAAAACUGGCUGCUAGUGACUUUGCUUUUAAAAUGGUUAGAAGGAGGUAGACGUUUAAAUAGUCUAGAGUUCCCCAUGGAGAGGGGCCCUAACCAUCAAGUGAGAGUUGUCAUUUGCAAAGCACUGUGCACAGUCUGUGGCGCCUGCAAGCCCUCUUUUGGGUCCAGACACAUCUUUUCCUGCCCCACACCUGAUGUCAUUUACGACAUCAGGUGUACGGCAGGUGGGCAUGGCUUGGCCAAAACAGCCUCACGCAGAGCUUGGAAAAGUUACUUUUUUAAACUACAACUCCCAUCAGCCCAAUCCAGUGCCCAUGCACAUAUGUUUCCAUUAUUAUUUCAAGCCUUGACUAGGGAGUUGUAGUUCAAAAAAAAGUAACUUUUCCAAGCUCUGGCCCUCAUGGGUCAAACGGGCAGGUCUGGCAAGCCUAAUUAGGCCCUCAGGCCGGAGGAUCCCCACCCCUGAUGCAGAAUAAACAAGAGUGUUGCAAAAGACUGUUAAGAAUUAGGAGACAAAUUAGAAAAUCCAACUCAAUUCCUGCAAAUUAGGCUAAAAUUUAACAUCUAAGAAAUGAUGCUGUUUCUUCAAACUUAUAUAUAUAUGAGUGGCUUCGUGUGUUAACAAAAGCACAAUCCUUGUUUAAUGUGGUACAUGGCGUGCUUCUCAUUAACGAGAACCUUCUUGUGUACCUAUAGGUUAUGACCCUAUACAUGCUUGUUUGGGAGUAAGUCCCACUGAACUCAGUGGGGGUGUGUGUCUGCCUAGUAAAUGAACAAAGGAUGGCUGCAUCUGGCUGCUUAAGGCUUAGUUAAAAACUAGCAUUUGCAACAUGACAAUUGUUGAUGUUAGCUGGUUGUGGGGGGUUGUUUUUCUUUAUCAGUCUUGCUGGUUUCAAGAUUGAAAAACAACAUUUUGUUCUUGUGUGAUGAAGAGAAUUC